CAGCUGUAUAAAGUUUACAGCCACCAUUCUUUUGAGUUAAAUUUAUUAACUUAUUGAGAUGAUGUUGACGUAUUUUGUAAUUCUGCUGGUCGGACGAGUGCGCAGCGGAACAUUGACGGGGAACGGGAAGUCUGGAGGUUUCACAGUCCAAGAAAACGCAUCCCUUGAAGUGACGUGUUCAACGUCAAUCGAUGCUGGAGAAAUAUUUAUUGCUGAAAAAUCAUCGCGAUUGCAUGUUUUGGCAUCGCGAUUGCAUGUUUUGGGAAGGGCCAGAUUACAUAACGGGUCAAGAGGCUGUGUAAUCUACCAUUUGCGGCCGCCAUUACUCAGCUGCUCAUGCGUCAGUAGUAGGGAAUUAAUCUGUGUCAUCAGAACCGUCACCAGAGCCAUGAACGGGGAUGUUUGGUUUUGUUUAUAUAAAGGCGAUAGUUUCGACAGGGAGGGGGGAAUAAUAGUCGUAACAGUCGGGAUAACAUCGGUGUCUAUGGUAUCACCGGCGGGCAACUCCGUGUCCAUCAUAGAAGACACUGCCCAGCAUUUCCGAUGUGAGACAUCUGUUGGGAACCCACAGGCCACCGUUGAGUGGUACAAGGAUAACGGUACACUGGACAGGUCGGAUGACACGGAAAUUAUUACCGGGAAAGAGACAAACACUAGCGCAAGUGUUACCCUGAUUGUGACUGUCGGUAAACUGAGUUUGACUGUGCAGAGAAACGAUCAUAAAGUGGGCGUGUACUGCAGGGCAAACAACGGUGGGGAUUGGCUAUACUCCUCCAGCGUUGUCUUAGAUGUUCAGUUUGGACCUAAAGUGCAACUUCCUCAGACUUAUGACGUUUUGGAGGGCAGUGUCGUAAACUAUUCAUGUUCUUUCAUCCCUGGGAACCCCCCUUCUCAGACAUCCUUUGUCUGGACGAGGUCAAUUGACCGUAGGCAAUGGAACAGCCCGUUUUUCAGUAUUGCCUCUGUGCAGAAAUUAGAUGACGACAUGUACACAUGCACCGCGACGCCUGCUGGAUCUCCCGCCCAGACUGGAAAUAGCGGAACCAUGCACCUUAAUGUUCAGUUCGGGAUAACAUCGGUGUCUAUGGUAUCACCGGCGGGCAACUCCGUGUCCAUAAAAGAAGACACUGCCCAGCAUUUCCGAUGUGAGACAUCUGUUGGGAACCCACAGGCCACCGUUGAGUGGUACAAGGAUAACGGUACACUGGACAGGUCGGAUGACACGGAAAUUAUUACCGGGAAAGAGACAAACACUAGCGCAAGUGUUACCCUGAUUGUGACUGUCGGUAAACUGAGUUUGACUGUGCAGAGAAACGAUCAUAAAGUGGGCGUGUACUGCAGGGCAAACAACGGUGGGGAUUGGCUAUACUCCUCCAGCGUUGUCUUAGAUGUUCAGUUUGGACCUAAAGUGCAACUUCCUCAGACUUAUGACGUUUUGGAGGGCAGUGUCGUAAACUAUUCAUGUUCUUUCAUCCCUGGGAACCCCCCUUCUCAGACAUCCUUUGUCUGGACGAGGUCAAUUGACCGUAGGCAAUGGAACAGCCAGUUUUUCAGCAUUGCCUCUGUGCAGAAAUUAGAUGACGACAUGUACACAUGCACCGCGACGCCUGCUGGAUCUCCCGCCCAGACUGGAAAUAGCGGAACCAUGCACCUUAAUGUUCAGUUCGGGAUAACAUCGGUGUCUAUGGUAUCACCGGCGGGCAACUCCGUGUCCAUCAUAGAAGACACUGCCCAGCAUUUCCGAUGUGAGACAUCUGUUGGGAACCCACAGGCCACCGUUGAGUGGUACAAGGAUAACGGUAUACUGGACAGGUCGGAUGACACGGAAAUUAUUACCGGGAAAGAGACAAACACUAGCGCAAGUGUUACCCUGAUUGUGACUGUCGGUAAACUGAGUUUGACUGUGCAGAGAAACGAUCAUAAAGUGGGCGUGUACUGCAGGGCAAACAACGGUGGGGAUUGGCUAUACUCCUCCAGCGUUGUCUUAGAUGUUCAGUUUGGACCUAAAGUGCAACUUCCUCAGACUUAUGACGUUUUGGAGGGCAGUGUCGUAAACUAUUCAUGUUCUUUCAUCCCUGGGAACCCCCCUUCUCAGACAUCCUUUGUCUGGACGAGGUCAAUUGACCGUAGGCAAUGGAACAGCCAGUUUUUCAGUAUUGCCUCUGUGCAGAAAUUAGAUGACGACAUGUACACAUGCACCGCGACGCCUGCUGGAUCUCCCGCCCAGACUGGAAAUAGCGGAACCAUGCACCUUAAUGUUCAGUAUAAGUCAAGUGUAACACAGUUUCAUGUCACUGGAAACAGAAACGAAGCAAACGUAACACAAACAGAGAAAAGUAGUACGACAUUUACCUGCAUGGUGGAUAGCAACCCUCCAUCAACCAUCAAGAUUAAAAAGGACGGUGAACUGCGGAGAUCCGUCAAUCACUCGACACAGCUGGAGUACACGAUUGAAAAUCUGUCAUGCACGGAUGCUGGGCUGUACACUUGUGAUGCCAGCAACCAGUUUAAUUUCAAAAAACAUUCAACAAAGGAUUUGCAUAUGUUGGUAACAUGUUCACCUAGGCGCCCGCCUGGUAAGGAUAUCAAGUUGAACUUUACUGCUCGAUUACAUAAUAGUGUAACACUGCAGUACACUGUGGUCGCAUACCCAGUACCGAGCGCUUCACAGUUCGUCUGGAAAAGAUGUUUUAGGAGAAAAAUGUGCAUACAAUUAUCAAAUAUCACCGCAAAAUAUGAAAUUACAACAAGUGGCUUGUCGAGUAGCUUGACCAUUGUAGAUACUGAUAUUGAUGAUUUCGGAGCCUACAGUCUUUCAGUUAAAAAUGGCAUUGGCAAGGAACUAGUCGAGGAUUUGUUUCUGCAACCAUUCGUCGGGAUAACAUCGGUGUCUAUGGUAUCACCGGCGGGCAACUCCGUGUCCAUCAUAGAAGACACUGCCCAGCAGUUCCGAUGUGAGACAUCUGUUGGGAACCCACAGGCCACCGUUGAGUGGUACAAGGAUAACGGUACACUGGACAGGUCGGAUGACACGGAAAUUAUUACCGGGAAAGAGACAAACACUAGCGCAAUUGGUACCCUGAUUGUGACUGUCGGUAAACUGAGUUUGACUGUGCAGAGAAACGAUCAUAAAGUGGGCGUGUACUGCAGGGCAAACAACGGUGGGGAUUGGCUAUACUCCUCCAGCGUUGUCUUAGAUGUUCAGUUUGGACCUAAAGUGCAACUUCCUCAGACUUAUGACGUUUUGGAGGGCAGUGUCGUAAACUAUUCAUGUUCUUUCAUCCCUGGGAACCCCCCUUCUCAGACAUCCUUUGUCUGGACGAGGUCAAUUGACCGUAGGCAAUGGAACAGCCCGUUUUUCAGUAUUGCCUCUGUGCAGAAAUUAGAUGACGACAUGUACACAUGCACCGCGACGCCUGCUGGAUCUCCCGCCCAGACUGGAAAUAGCGGAACCAUGCACCUUAAUGUUCAGUAUAAGUCAAGUGUAACACAGUUUCAUGUCACUGGAAACAGAAAUGAAGCAAACGUAACACAAACAGAGAAAAGUAGUACGACAUUUACCUGCAUGGUGGAUAGCAUUCCUCCAUCAACCAUCAAGAUUAAAAAGGACGGUGAACUGAGGAGAUCCGUCAAUCACUCGACACAGCUGGAGUACACGAUUGCAAAUCUGUCAUGCACGGAUGCUGGGCUGUACACUUGUGAUGCCAGCAACCAGUUUAAUUUCAAAAAACAUUCAACAAAGGAUUUGCAUAUGUUGGUAACAUGUUCACCUAGGCGCCCGCCUGGUAAGGAUAUCAAGUUGAACUUUACUGCUCGAUUACAUAAUAGUGUAACACUGCAGUACACUGUGGUCGCAUACCCAGUACCGAGCGCUUCACAGUUCGUCUGGAAAAGAUGUUUUAGGAGAAAAAUGUGCAUACAAUUAUCAAAUAUCACCGCAAAAUAUGAAAUUACAACAAGUGGCUUGUCGAGUAGCUUGACCAUUGUAGAUACUGAUAUUGAUGAUUUCGGCGCCUACAGUCUUUCAGUUAAAAAUGGCAUUGGCAAGGAACUAGUCGAGGAUUUGUUUCUGCAACCAUUCGAAGUUGCCGAUGCUAAACCACACAUCGCUGCAAUUGCUGGUGGUGUUACUGCUGGGGUUAUAACGAUGGUAGCCAUUGUUGUCGUCUUCUGUCUUCUUCGAAAAGGUUCACGUUCAAGACCUACGGUACCUGUUGCUGAGAUUCCUGGUCAUAGCGCUGCCGUAACGUACGAAACUCUAUCAGCGAAGAACAACACACCUGUUUACGACGCUUUAGAGGAUGCCGUAUACCAAAACACGAUGGCGAAGAACCAAGUGCAGACAGCGCUUUAAGUGGAACAUCCGAAUUCAAUGUAUGAUGAGCUCAAGAGCUCAUGAGCAAUGAUGAUCAAUUGUUAUCGAUACUCCGCAAUGUCAUUUGUAGAUUGUUAAAUAUGUAUAUAUACUGAUAAGAAAAUGAGAUUAUGCUGCGAAUUGUGAACGAAAUGUAUAUCCAUCCAAAAAGAGUCAAUCUAUUUCAUAUAAAAGCAAAUAAUGACAUACAACUUGACACUUAAUUAUCAACAUCUAAUAUAUCUCGUUAGUUUUCUUUCAAUUCAUUCCAAGAAAAAGUAGUUACGGACGGACCUAUUUGUUAACGGGAAAUACUUAAGACCUGACUCUAUCUCCUGUUCAUCGUUUAGCUUCUGAGUGACCUAGAGGCUUCAGAUGAACUAACGCUGAAGUUUACGGAGAUCAUCCCUUCCAUUCCAAGAUUAACGCUGUGACGAGUUAUGCCAAAACUGUUUAGAUCGCAAAAGUAAAGACGAUUCUGUGAUAAUCAACUCAACUAUCGUUCAUUCAACAGAAUCGGCAACUCUCUUUGGAAUAGGCCUCCAUUAAUCGUUCUAAUAUAACCGUGCUGUUUAAUCUUCUAAAAGUACUGGUGUAUUGAUUUUAGUAAUUUACAUAUAUUUUGAUAUGAUGAAACAUUAUCAGAAAUAUGUCAAUUAUUAUUGUCUGCCUGUAGGAACAAUUACCCGGCGAAUACUACUCACGUGUAUGACAUAAUCAAUCCAUUUGUAUUAUAAGGUGUCAUCAGCUUUUUAAUUUUAAUGCUGUUUUUUGUUCAAUGUUUUAUUGUUAUAUAUUAAUACUAUAUUAACUGUACGUGUUGCUCUUAAAACAGUUACAUGUUUUCCCUUACAAAGUAAUUAAUAUAAACCACCUAAGAUUACUUGUGUUUCUUGUUCGGCAAGUUAUUGAAACAGGUGCGACGACUGAACUCGUAUUACAUGUGUUUUACUAGUGUAAUAGGGCAGUAACAUGGCAAUGGCACUGGAGUGGUUUUCGUAGUUGAUAGGGAUUGACCCUAUCACUGGUUGAUUUUGCAAAACAACAACUUGUAUUUUAUUUUGCCUUAUCAUUUACAUGUUUACCAACUUUAACACGAUAUAAAAUUCAUUGCUUAAUGUAAUAUAUGUGCACA